GUUGUCGGUUAGGUUUAUGCGCCCCGACGAGCAGGCCUUACUGUGCCGAGGCUCCUCCGCUUACAGUAGUUAAAGGAUGGCAACUUACGCGAUCUAGGGUUUACCUGCCAUGGCGGACGGCGACCGCUGGACCAGCAAAUGGCGCCCAUCGGGUGCACCCUCGGAGCAGCCGCACAGCCAAGGCCGCAGCGAGCGCGAGGGCUUUGGAACAUCUAACACCGCGUGGCAGCGAUGGCGUGGCAACCAGCGCGGGGACGGUGGCACCGGCAGCGACCGCCCCUCGGCACCACAGCAACACCGGGAUCACGAGCCCCAACCACAGCGCCAACAACAACAACAACAGCAGCAGCAGCAGCGCGCCGAUGGCUGGGGACGUGGGUACCAGCGUCACGACAGCGGGGGCGGCCGGCAGGGGGCGCAGGACCAGCGGCAGCGCCAGCCUCAGCAGCACGGCGGAGGGCAGGGCCGGUCCCGGGAGGAGACUGCGCCCUUGGACGCCGGCACGGAGGCUGCGGAUGACGAGGCGGCGGUGGACUUGCUGCAGCAGGAGUUUGGGCAGAUGGGCUUGGGCGACGGGUUUGGGUUCGUCGGUGGGCGGGCAGGGGCGUCAGGACCGGUGGACGGGCGGCGGCGUCAGGAGGCCGGCGCCCUGGAGGUAGCCGAGGCUAGUACAGCGGGGUGGCGAGGCGAGGCGGCGCUCGUGGUGCCGGUUCCUGAUGGGGACAUGGGGCUACCGGCCCUGGAAGCGGCUGUGGCGUCAGACGCUGUGGCGGGCUGGAGCCUGGAGCAGCUGGGCCGGGCGGCGGCGUCGCUUGUCGACGCGUGGGAGGUCAGGGCAAAGCCUUCCCCAACACACGCCGCCUCCGGCACGACUGGGGGUUGGCACCAAUACCCCUUCCAGGUGUGCUACACGCCACGCGAGGCCGCUGUGGUGAACGCCAUUGCCGCGGCCGCCAUCUGCGCCGCGGCUGCCCUGCAGCAGCGGCUGCAGCGCACCACGCCGCAGCACGCGCAGGCGGUGGCGCGGCUUCUGCGGAUGUGCGCGCGUGCGAAUUACUGGAGCGGCCCCGGCGAGGCAGCUGUGCGGAAGGCAUUGCAGCAGCGCAGCAGCGCGGCGGGCGAUGGGCCAGGCGCGGCCGCAGGCCUGGCCGACGAAUGGGCGUGGCCAGGCCUGUCGCCCACCGUGCCCGCUGCUGCCCGCGAGGUGCCCGCUGCAGCGUCUGUCCCCGCGUCUGCGCCUGGUGCAACCAACCGCGAGGCAAGCGACGGCGCCGGAGCCGCACCGCUGGGCUCCCCAACCUGCCACAGCCAGUUGUCCUCACAGCCACAGCCACAACACUCACAACCGUCGCUUCCGUACACGACAGUGGGCCAGGCGCUGGUGGCGGCGCUCGCCGCGAACGACUGCGCCCUGCUGGCACAGCUGGACGUCACGUGCGCAGCGAAUGUGGCUUGGUCGCUCUCACGUGCCGGCGUGCUGGCUUCCUUGGCCCACUACGACACAGCCGCCCACCCGGGCAACUACGUCGUGAAGCUGCUGAAGAGCCUGGACGAAGGCUCGGGCUGCGGCCGCGGAGAGGCGAAAGCGGCGGCGGCACUGCUGGCGGAGGCGCCGGCGGCACUGACGCAAGAGCUGCGGGCGCGAUGCCAGGCGCUGAUGACGGAAGCUACGGCGGGGGAACUGUGCGGCAUGAGCUUCGCCUCCAGUGACGCGGCAACGCUGCAGGCGGCAUCCGCGCCUGCGGCUGGGAGUGGCGGCGAUGGCAGCCGCAGCAGCUGCAGGAACAGCCGGCUGCUAGCCGACCUGGCCGCCGAUGCACUGCAGGAGGUGGCGUCGCGAUUGGAGGCAGCUGUGUUUCUGGGUUUGGAGGCGGCAGGCUCAGGCGGCUCGAAAGUGGCGUGGGGCAGUGAGCCGCGCAUGCGCACCUUCCUGCCGCGCGAGCUGGCGUGUGUUGCCUUCUCGGCGGGCAAGCUCGGGUUGGGGGCCAACCCAUUGGCGCGGCUGCUUACGGCGCUGUCAGAGUACCUGAUCUGCACGCGUGGGCGGCUGCCAUGGAACGCGAGUACGUUGGGCAUCUUUGUCUGCGGCGCGUCCAAGCUGGUCGUUGCCGCCGCCCGCUCCAGCACUGCCACCACCACCACCACCACCAGCAGCAGCGGCAGCAGCCAGGAGCUGCGCCGGUGCUGCGCACAGCUUCUGGAGACGGUGGAGGAGUGUGUGCUCGGGCUGCCGCCCUCCAAGCUGGACCCGCGCUCCGUCAGCUUCCUGUUGUCGUACCUGGGUCGCAUGGGCGCGGGCCACGUGUCACGGCACGUGGAGUCCCACCUGACGGGCGCGCUGAUGCUCCACAGCCCCGCCUCUUUGGAGCCACGCAACGCCUGCCACCUGUUGUUCGGGCUGUGCGCCAACGGCCCGGCGGCGGCGGCGGGCAGGCGUGGUGGCGGCGGCGGCGGCGAAGACGGGGGAGCCGGAGGGCGGAGCAGGUACAUGGCAUUUGAGGGCGGCGUGGCGAGGCAGGACCCCAUGCUGGCGCACCUGUGCGCGGCGCUGGCGGCGGCGGCGGCGAGGCGGCUGUCGCCGGCAGACGUGUGCAUGGCGGUAACGUCGCUGUCGCGACUGCAUGGCGGCAAAGUGCUGGCCAGCCAGGUGCCCGAGGUGGUGGCUGCGCUGGAGAACCUGGCGGCGCACGUGGCGCGCCGCGGCUUCGGCGCCGGCGCGGACGACGACGCGGCGGCAGUGCCAUUCACAUGCCGCGAGGUCUCGAACUUCAUCGUGGCCCUGGCGCAGCUCAAGUUCUACAGUCCGGGGGUGCUUGCGGCGCUGCGCGACCACGCGGCGGCGGGCGGCCUGGAGCCCGCCAGCAGCUGGGACACGUCGGCACUGCUGUACGGCCUCGCCUGGCUCAACUACGACUGGAGGGAUGGGCUUGUGCUGGCGAGGGAGGGAGGCGGAGGGGGUGGUAGAGGGUAUGCUGGCGGUGGGGCGGCGGCUAUGCCGCCGCCUCCCCGGUCGCCGGCUCUGGCGGUCGACCUUGUUGGGCUGCUGGCGGAUGUGGUGGUGCGCAAGGGCCGCGGCGCCUCCAGCCAAGACCUUACCAAUGCGCUGUGGGGCCUGACAAUCAUGGAAGGCGCGCUGGACCGAUACCGGGAUGCAGUUAAAGCGCUGGUCGCGGAGGCAAACGCACGCGGCGCGCACAGCUUCCACCCGCGCGACCUGAAGCAAGUGUGGCCCGUUGAGCGCGAGCUGCGGGCGCUGCCGGCGCCUUACACCCGCCUGUCGGACGACCUGGUUCGGGCGGGCCGGCUAAACAGCUCCGAGUGUGACCACACCUUCUCUCGGGUGCAGGGCGACCUCAACCGCACCCUCAGCGCCAUGCACCGCAGUGGCCGCUGGCCGGGCCUGCGCGACCUGCAGUACGAGCAGGAGCUGGUGCCUGGUGGCGACAUGCUGAUGAAGAUUGACGUGCAGGUGACUGUGGAGCGCCGCGGCGGCGAGCUGGCACGUGUGGCGGUGGAGUUCGACGGGCCCUUCCACUUCAUGGUCAACGAGCCCUACUGCUAGCGUCGGGUUGACGGUCGUACCGCACUGCGCAACCGAGUGUUGGAGCGACACCUGGGGCGGGAAAACGUGGCGGUGGUCAACAUGGAGGAGUGGGUGGAGGCGUCGCGUGACGACACGCACGGCAUGCCGGGCCGAUGGCGGCUGCUGGCGGAAAAGAUCGGGCUGGGCGCGCCCGUGUUCUAGUGGCGGUUGUACGACCUUGCCUUGAGCGGGGGGGAAUUACAGAGAUGCAGGAGCGAGUGGAUGCCUGGAGCUUUGGGAGUACGCGCGUAGUACGCGGCGAGGAAGGGGUAGCUCAGGUUUGGAUUCUCACAUGGUGCACCAUGCAUCACUUUGCCAAUACUCUGGGCAACUGCGAUUUCUGCAGCUUUACACGUCUUACGGUCACUACACUCAC